AUGAAGAGGACCAAUGAUGCCAAAAGGGGGGAACCAAAAAUUGCUUUGCCUGUCACUGCUAACGCCGCCAACCCACAUGCCAAUAUUCCCGGAGUCAACUUCAGUCGCAUAAAGAGCUCCUACUUGGAAGGGGCGCUAAAGCUGACCAACGCAGAAAUCGUGAAACAAAAGUUAAAGAGAAAAAAUGAUGAACUGAAGAACAUGGCCAUAGGGGGCGACAUCCCCCUGGUGCCCUGUCUGGACAGGGUACUGUCAGUACAAAGCAUCUCAAGCGACCAUGAACUAGGGGGAGAAGACACUAAGGAGUUGAAGCAUUUUGAGGAAUUCGAAAUUGUUCUAAGGGAAGUAUUGAAUGAGGAGGAGGGGGUGGAUAGCAGUGAAGUCGAAGUGGAUAACUCUUCCUGUCCGGUGGAGAACGCAGCACCAUCGAAUGAAGAACCGUUUGUAAGCGAUAUAAUGCCGAGCGAACGAGACAACGGAGAUGGAGAAAAAAUAGAGUGCGAACAAAUAAAUGAAGGAGAAAAAGGAAACGUGUACCACUUUUUUAACAAAACGAAGGAGGCGUACAAAUCGUUAAACCUCGACAAGUUGUUUCUGGUUAACAGGUUUAAUAACUCCCUCCGGGAUGAAGAUGUGGAGAAGAGGAAGGGAAACGAAGGGUGCGAAAAUGCACAUAGCAAAAAUGAAGAAAAACAUAGCUUAAUGAAGACUAUCGAAAGGAAGUUGAAGAGCCAAAAUUCCUUCGUCAUGGAAAAUAUUUAUAACGCGUUUAGAGGAACCAUAAACGAUUUUAUAGACGUGUACCUUCAGGGGGAAGAUGAAGAUACAGACGAAGGAAAAAGCAAAGGGACUGUAAUGAGAAAGAAUACGAAGAUUCUCAGCGUUCAUCCUUUUCGACAUGGAGAGAGAGUUAACCUAAGCGAUGAACAUGAUUUGAAAAAAAUGUAUCAGAUGGACAAUGAUAUUUUCCUUUCUGGAGGAGAGAAAGGUAAAAAUAAAGUUGGGAAAAGUGGAUAUGGAAAGAGAAUGGAGGAAGAUACAAAUGUAAAAAAGUACUUAAGCCAAUUCGGUGAUAAAAGGAACUUGCUCAAAUUGGGGGAUACAAAUUCUCAUUACAGCAGCAGGGGUUGCAAAAUAAAAAUGGGUGGAGCCAAGCUAUUUGGCGAAAGCAAUGUGGUGGCGGAUUCUAUGGCCUAUCUGGGUGUCUCCUUAUCCAAACAGAAGACUCAUAUUCUACAGACAAAUAUGGAGAAACAUAAGCAGAUGGAAGAGGCAUACAGUGCAUACUACCCCGAGGCGGAGAAAUUUGAAUAUUCAAGCAUUAUUUCUGAAUAUUUGUAUAACCAGAAGGGGUUACGAAGGAGAGAGAAGGAUGAUGGGCGUAAGUUAUCGAGUGAUCAUAAUUGUACCAAUAGAAAUGGCAUGAAGUAUGAGUUGCAUCCUUCCAUGGGUAACCAAAUGAGCAAUGUCUUAGACACGCAGGUGAAUGAUCGGAACGUAUUUGACAUCGCCCCGAUGACACAAAAAUACAAGUACGCAUCGAACAUCAUACUGACGAUUAACAAAAUAAAAAAUGUCGAACGUGUGGUAGAAAUAAAUUUAAGCAUUACAGAUGUGGAGUUGAAAAUUCCAGGCAUGCGUAUCGAAAAUGUGAUAUUGCCAUAUAAAUAUGCUAGCGAUUUUUUAACCAUAAAAAUAAAAACCUUGAGUGAGGAAAAUGAGGGGAUGUCAAAAAAGGUGAAGUAUAGAGGGGGUGAUUUAAAUGGUCACCAUUUUGGAGAACACGAAACAAAAAGAGAAGACACAGAAGAAAAAAAAGUUACAAUAAAAUGCUACUUUGUUUUCAUCCCACUAAGCCAUAUUAAGGAAGAAGUUGUAAAUAAAAGAUUAAUCUUAAUCAGCUCAAAAAGAAAAGAGGAAUUUGAAAAGGAUGGGUUACUCCCCGAUACGCUUUACAUGAUAGAAUCUCAGAAUCUGAAUUGUGAGAAACAAAAGCAUAUGUAUGUUUCUGUAAAGGUUUGCAAAAGUGGAGUUCAUUUUUUUCCUCGUGUGAAUGCUCAUAAGGCAGAUACGCUUCAUAUGAAUUACACUACCAGUGAAGAUGUGACAAGGAAUGCAUUCGAACCUGUGUACGUAUGUCUAUACAACGAUGAAGUCGAUAGAGAGAUUGGAAAUAUACUGAAUGGAAAGGGGCUAGCCAUGAAGGUAAGAAUAAACAAAUUAGCUACGGAAGGACACUACAUGGUUAACAAUUUGCCCGUCCAAUUUUAUUUUAACAAUUCUAAUAUGCUCCUUUGUAGCCAUGGAGACAUUACAGAGGAGGCAGAAAAUAUGUUCAAUAAUAUUGGAAAGGAAUUCAUUAGCGUAGAAAGCUUCAUUGAUUUUUUUCCGACCAUUAUAUUUCCACCGGUGGAGGAUGUCCUAUUCUUGGAUUUCAUUAAAAGAAAUGAAUUAUUACAAUUAAAAUUUGUUCUUCACUUUUUGGCCAUCACGGAGAUUAUAUGUGUCCAUUUGUGUUCUCUCUUUGGUUUUCAUGUGGAGAUCAAGCCUCUCUUUCGGGAUCAUUUGAACGCAGUUGAAAUGGACGAUGGGAUGGGGGAAAGGAGCCACUUCACUUUCCUGUACACCUCUUACGAGGAGGAUACACAACCCAAGGGGUACUUUCUAAACUACACCAAGCCUUUCGUUUUCCGUUUCCAGGGUGACAACAAGUGCAACAAUGCAGAGGGAGAAAAAUCUACCCAGUGGGACGAAAACGACCUCUUCAUCAUGGACUACGCACGCAAGCAAGCCAUAUUUAUACACAACGUGAUAAAGCAUCAUAGGGAAAUUCAUAAUAUACCAAGGUGCUAUGACAGGAAGAAGCGUAUUCUUUUUACGACAGAUAGAAGGAAAAAACAAUUUCAAAUUUAUUACCUGAACAUUUUGAGAAGAUACAACUCGCUACUUAAUAACAGGGUAAACCAAGUGACAGUCAAUCCAGGAGGUAACGAGCAGACCUAUCAGUGGGGUAGCCAGACAGACUUCGUUUGGAAUGGAAACAACUCAAAAGAUGAGGAAAUCUACAGGGGAGACAAAUGCCAGAUUCAUUCCCACGUGAGGGACCACUCUUCCUUUAAGUUAAGUACGCCAGUGAGAAGGCAAGGUGGUGCUAAUAGGAAUGCACCGAAUGGAACAAAUAAAGCAAAUGGAGCGAAUGGAAAGAAUGCAACAGAAGCGCCGAAUACACGCGUUUGUGACAACAGGGUGGAGGAGAAAAAAAGUAGAAGCCAUUUGGAGGUUAGCAAGUGGGAAGAGAAAAUGAGAGGAGAAAAUGUAGAUAGUGGAAAUGGUGCCUUACAAGGAAAGCCACCCAAAGUUGAAAACGCAUACAGGAGAAACGUCACAGUGACGGGUCAGGCGAAAAUUGCUGAAGAACGAAGCUUUGCAGGGGGUAAAAAAACUACAGGGGAGGAACAGAAGUUAUCCAUGAGAGAAGAAAUUACUGGGAAUGGUGAAAUUACUAACGAGAAAACUUCAUUUUACAAUCUGAGGGAAUAUAAGAAUUAUCAUUUCCAUGGAAAAAAAGAAGGUAAAAUAAUAGGUGAAAAUGGUAACUCAUUUGAAGACUUGGACCUGCAGCUGGACCGGGGGAGGGAUGGCCAUGAAGAAAUAAAUACAAAUGGAUGGCACGUCAAUACUAAGGGAAAAGUAUCCUCUGUUGGGGGAAUGUCUUAUCAUGAUGAUGAGGUUUCUUAUUAUAACGUACAUAGAGAGGAUAUUCCGUUCAGUCUGGAAAGUGUAAAGUGGGAUUUUAAUGAAGACGAUGUUUAUCCAAGUGAGCAUCCUGUGUAUGGGAAUUGUUCAAAUGGAUAUGGCAAAAAAGUAGGUGUCAGUGCCAGUUCGGAAGGCACUCCUGGGGGAGAUGCCGAGGUGGACGGGAAGACGAUCUCCAUUGCGCAGGUUAGUUAUGGCAGAGGCUACAACGCAGAGUGCAGUGAAAGAAACAAUGAAAACUAUGCCAAUAGACUUCCCCUGGGAAGAGAUGCGCGCUUGUCCUUUGAGAGGGACCAGAACUGGAUUGCUUCAAAACUUUCCGCAUCGAAAGUGUGCAUAGAUCACACGGAACACGCAGGCAAGCAUUGCAAAUUGGUUAGGCGAAGUGAUAAUGAGGCGUAG